AAAUCCACUCUUCCACGAGACAUUAUCAUUCCUACUUUAUAAACUUGCCUACAUAAAAAAUGAAGAUCUUAUAUAUAUUUUUCGUUUUUGAAGCCGUCCGGGAAUAUGGUUACGCAUUGUCGGAAGGGCAAGGAGAAAUCAGCCCGCUCGUCUUUGGCGGGUUUGAAGUUAAGAGCGGACACGGUUUCAUGGUCUCCUUAAGAAAAAACGGCACCCACUUUUGCGGUGGGACCAUCAUUGCGGCCUGGACCAUUCUAACGGCUGCGCAUUGUGUGGAUUACAAGACUCCUGAGUCCAUCUCCAUCGUUGCCGGAACAUAUUCCCUACAUUCGGGCGGUGAUUACAGAAAUGCAACGGAAAUCUUGAUUCACCCUGGGUGGAAUAGGACCGCCAAGAUGCAUGACAUUGCACUGAUUAAGCUCAACUUAUUGUAUACACCAUCAUUCCAAAUUUAUGGGAUUCAUAUAGCCCAAACGUAUACUGGGGGAGGGGUGUUCACUGGUGUUGCAGGAUGGGGAAUACCAUCGAACGGGUCUCUCUACGCCUUGAACACUGAGACAAUUUCCAACAGCAACUGCAACACGCAAGCCCAACCAAAUAAUACAAUUACUGAAUAUCAAAUCUGUACGCAGUCGCCGGUCGGGCAGGGAGUGUGCUUGUUUGAUUCUGGGGGCCCCCUGAUGGGCAUCCUUCUUGAUCUUCCUAUUCAAGUUGGAAUUAUAUCUUGGGGACUGGGGGGUUGUGCAAAAGGGUAUCCGGAGGUUUAUACAAGAAUAUCGGCAUAUUACCCCUGGAUAUUUGAAAAUGCUUGGUAGUAUAAAUAGUAUAACAUUUAUGUAAGUACAUAUGUAUGUUCAGCAUCGGUGUCUUAUAUGUUACAAUCAUAAAUGUAAGUAUUCCUAAUACUGUAAUAAGCACUUUUUGUCCUAAUGAGUUAAAUAUAUUUAAUAGCUCACAAACGUA